GCGGCGGCGGCGGGCGAGGGGGAGCGCGCGCUCCCGCGGACUCUAAGCCUUGUUCGGGCACAACGCUGGCUCCGCUAAGAGCAAGUCAGUGUUGGCGGAAGAAGCGGAGGCGGUGGCCGAGGAGGAGGGAGACGAGCGGAGCCAGUCGGGCGCCAUGGAGGAGCUGAGCAGCGUGGGAGAGCAAGUCUUCGCCGCCGAGUGCAUCCUCAGCAAGCGGCUUCGCAAGGGCAAGCUGGAGUAUUUGGUGAAGUGGAGAGGCUGGUCUUCCAAGCACAACAGCUGGGAACCUGAAGAGAAUAUUCUUGAUCCAAGACUCCUUUUGGCCUUCCAGAAGAAGGAACAUGAAAAAGAGGUACAAAAUCGGAAAAGAGGCAAACGACCCAGAGGCAGACCAAGAAAAAAUGUUGAACCUGAAGCACCCUCCAAGAGCAAAUCCAGCAGCUCUUCCUCCUCCACCUCCUCUUCGACUUCCUCUUCUGAGGAAGAGGAUGAAAGUGACCUUGAGACAAAGAGAAGUCAACGGAACAGGGAGAGUCACCCAGUGCCUCAAAAGAAAGCUCAGAUUUUAGUUGCCAAACCUGAAAACAAGGACUCGGCUAGGAAGAAACGUGGGCGGAAGCCACUGCCUCUAGAGCAGAAGGCAGCCAAGAGGACAGUCAACCUAACCAAGGUGCUUAAAACAAAUAGAAAGGAAUUGGGAGGGGGAGGGGGGUCCAAAUUGGCAAGCAAGAUGCAGCCACAACACAAUGCUCAAAGUUCUGGCAUUGCCAUGCUUAAAUCCCACAUGAAGGAAGCACAAGGUGCCUUCGGUGGCUUUUGUUCUGGAGCAUCCUCCAAUGAUAACCUCUCCAGCCUAGUGAAGAAUACUACCGUUGGAAGCCCAAAUUGUGGUAUCAGCUGGCAAAGCUCCAUUGUCCAUUAUAUGAGUAGGAUGUCACAGAACCAGAGCUCCGCAGAUGCCUCUGCAGUGGGACGACUGACUCUGAAGUCAGCUAUGUCCUGCAAGAACAGCCUAGGUUUGGAUUUAAAACUAAAAAACCAGAAAGGUUCUGGAAACCUGGAAUUGACUGUGCAGGGAUCCAAAGUGACCAAGAGACCGAGUGGCAAUUCCAUGGGGGAACAAAAGACGGGGAACUUGCACAAUGGCAACAAAGUUCCUUCUGGCUCUCCCAGCAGUCAGCCAUCUUGCAACCAAGAGCUCAACCUACAAGCUUUAAACCUGCAAAGUGUGAAGAAUGGGCCAAACUCUGCCAGCAGUAGCCAUAUCUCUCACCAUGGCUGCGGGGCAGUUGGCAAAGGCAGUGGCAACAGUUUAGCAACAAAGACAAGCGCAUCCAAGGGCAGCGGACCUGGGAGUGGCCAGAACAUCGCCAACACAGGGGCAACAUCAACAGAUGCAGAUACUUGCAAAGGUGAGAAACCGGCACAAAGAGCAGCUAUUAGUGAGAGAGAUGUAGCUACCAAGAGUAAUACCACCUGUGCCCAGGAGGGAUGUCCCACAAAAGACAAGACUUCAGGCAUGUCAGAAGGGAGCACCGGAGAAGAGGAGACUAGCUCUGAUUCUGACAGAGAUUCUGCUUCUUUUCCUGGAGCAGACCAGAAUACGUCUGUUUCCAUCCAGACUAGCCAAGACUGGAAACCUACCCGGAAUCUUAUUGAACAUGUUUUUGUCACAGAUGUGACAGCUAAUUUGAUCACAGUAACUGUUAAGGAGUCUCCAACAAGUGUGGGCUUUUUUAACCUAAGACAUUAUUGAGCUCCAAGGCAGACGAGCAUUCUUCCUCCGUCUCAUUUGACUCUCCCUUUACUGUCCCCUUGGAUAUUAGAAGGAGAAACAAACCACAUUAGUUAGAACCAGAGAAAUAAGGUUAGGGGCUCUUUUUCAAGAGUUUUGGCUUUACUCAUGUUACUCGCCAAUACAGAGGAGUGUAUUGAAAACUACAACUCCAUGCUUUCCUGUACUUGAACACUUUAGCUAUAUGAUUUGAAAGACCAGAGGAUAUAUAUAUAUAUAUAUAUACAUGAAUAUAUAUAUAUUCAUUCUCCUGAAUAGGUUCUCUUAAGUUUCAACACUUCUCAGCUUCUAGAACAAAUUAUAUUAGUUUGAAAAUUUGUGAACAAAUCUAUAUUUAGGAUAUCUGCCAAGCACCAUAUAAAAAGUUUGUCUUAAGGGAAUGUAUGUAAGACAUACUUCCAACUUGCUUUGGAAACUAGAGGGUAUGAUAUAUGAGACAGCAUUGGUUUGGAGCUGGAACUAACAGCUAUCAAGUAAGUUUGGUCCAGGUUGAGCAUUAAUCUCUAGAUACUUCAGAAGUAUCAAUUAACCUGUUUGAACUAGUAUCUCAAACACUUGCGAAGAAAGUAUGCUUUUCAUUCUGCCAAAUAUAUCAGCAGAUAUAGGAAAUCAGCCUUGGAGAACUGCAGAACAAUGUUCUCAAGAACCUGAAAAAACAAUAUGUUUUUCAACUUGCCAAAUGUCAGCAGAUGCCACUCAGAGGAGAAUGCUGCCUCAUUUUUAAUAUCUGGGUGUACAUGAGUGUAUGCACGUAUAUGUAAUUCAGGAGAUUUUUACACAUUGGAAAAUUCUAUAUGGAAACCAAUUCCAUGUAAAAUGUGACGUGUGUAAAUCAUUGCUUAAAUAAGCCAUGUGUUCUGAGAAAUUGCUAUAUGCUUAUGUGGUUGAGACCACUUGCGGGUCCCCAAUGUGUUCACGCACACAUGCAUACACAUUUUGCAUGCUGUUGCUUACACAAAAGAAACGGGAAGGAGGCAAAAUUAGAGAUUUUGCUGAUGUUGAGAUUUUAUAAGCAUAAGAUGCCUUAUAAUGUGAGAUGAAAUACUAUUGAUGUGUGCUGUUCAAACUGAGUUGAGAAUUUUUGGAACUAGAAAGCAGGUUUUUGAGGUUUCUAUGCAAUUGAUAUCUUUCUGUAGUCCUAAAUGCUCUCUUGAGCUUGGAUGUUUGCUUGCAGACAUUUCGUUACCAAACUAGGUAAUGUCAUCAGUGCUACUGAGUGUGGUGUUAGCCGUCUGAGUGUGGGGUCACACACCCCAUCAAUACUGUCAGGGCAUAUUACUGUACUGUUAUAAAAACAUGGAGCAAACACCAGAGUUACUAGCACUGAUGAUGUUAGGUAGUCAGAGAAUGAAACAUCUACAAGCAAACAACCAAGCUCAGAGAACAUCUAGGAGUCCACAGUUUAACUCUGAGGUACAAAUAUUCUCUUCUAUUGGUGAUAUCUUUCUACUUAUUUUUACCUGCAGUAACUACAAAAAAAUUAUUGCAGAUGGCAAGAUAACAUUGUGAUACAAACUGCCAUUUACUUUUAUUUGAUCUCUGUACAUAUGUCCUGUAUCUCCCAAUUAAAUUCUCCUACAGGGCAUCACUACAGAGCAGAAUUGAUUGAAACUUCUCUUUGCUUUAUUCUUCCAGCAAGGGAUGGCUUUAACAUUACCUUGAUCAGGAAGGUAAUGAAUGAAACCAGAGAGGAUAGACUUGAGUGAAAACAUCCUAGAAGCUAUGUUUAUUUUAGGCUACCUGCUUUCUGAAGUCAAGUGAUGAUUCGGUUUAGGUUUCUAUUAUUUUCUCAGAACAGAUGUUUCCUGUUGGUCAAGAGCCAUGGUCUAAGUUUGGGCAGUGCUGAGCUCGGUCAAGUCAACUGACAGUCAAGCUCUAUCAGAAUUUGACUGUGUUCUAAUAGUGUGCUUCUAAGUCCCCAUCCUUAAAUUGAUGAUAAGGAAUUUUAAUGAAAUGGGUAUUUUUGCAGCUUUCAAAGUCAUAAAGUACAUGAUGUUGGACCACUGUUUAUCAGACCCAUUCCAAGGUAAAGCAAUGCAAAGGUUUUGUUCAAAACUCUAUGUUAAGACCACAGUUUAGUUUGUUGUGUGUGUGUUGUGAUGUGACUCAGCAAAUGGUUUCCAGACUUUUGAAUCAUUUGAAGCAUUGGCUUAGCCUACUACUUUUCUUGCUCAUACUGUAGUUUCUCUUUUAUAUUGCUGAACCUUUCCGCUACUGCUAUACGAGCUGUGAAGCUAAGAAAAGGCAAGAUGGCAAAUUUAUCAGGGAUAAAGUAUUGCUCGUGCUUAUGUUAGCUAAUAUGAUUUUGUUGAGUACAUUGAUACGGAAGCUUAUCUUUUUCACCAAAGUUUACUCACAUAGAAAACAAUUCCAAGGAAGUCCAUGAGAUUUGUUUCCAUGGAGCUGUAAUUUAAAUUUGAUAUGCCGGGUUAUAAUAGUGCACUGAAUGAGUCUUCUGCAAACAGUGCUUCUAGUUCCUUAAGCUUAUUCCUCUUGAUGUGCACUGCUGCUGAAUAAGGUGACAGAAGUUGAGCCAGGAUUUUCCAAAAGGCCUGCAGCUUGGUAGAAUGCCUCCAAGGGUCAGGCGUCAGGCUUAAUACAAUGUUAUUCAGGUAGCAUUUUCAUAUAACCGUCCUGGUUUGAGUCCUGGGCUGCCUGGGGUCUCAGCUCACCAUAUUUGUUCCAGCUCACCAUAUUAGUUCCAAAAAUAUUCUUUGUUUAGUUCAGAGGAGAAAAAAUCUCUUGUGAGAAUAUGAUUUGUUAUAAUGUAAAAGAAACCAUCCAGUGGCUAUAUUACAAGCAUCCUGAUAGAUAGCGUAAGAAAACAAGGCAUUUGUUCUGAAUCGUAGAUUUGUAUGACUUUCUCAUUCAGUGCUUUUAAUCAGAUGCCCUCUUUUUGCACUUGCUCUCCAUUGCAAUUAGUGCAGUACUCUAUUAGUUGUGUAUGGCUCUGAGUCAGAUUACACAAUUCCCAUUUUCUAUUUUUUUCUGGAAGUCUCCCCACAUCAACAACUAAUCUCCUUAGAGUGCCCAACAUUAUCCAGGGGCUUCUGUCCACUUAUUUUAAAGCUGUCAGUGUAUAAUAUUGAAAGGGUCGCCUUAGUCAAUCGUUUAAAUGCCUUUGGUAAAAUCUGCCAAAUUUAGAUAGCCCAGGCAAUGCCCAGACAAAGAUACGUUGCCUGUGUUCUUUGCAGCAAUUGGUGCAUCCCACUUAGAUGUUAUCAGUGAAGGAUCUGAGGAACUGAGGAUGAGAAUGCCUGCCUGUCUCAGAUUUUUUGUUAUGCAUCUCCUGUUGGAGCUGUCCUUGACUAAACUCUUUUAAACUUCUAUCGUGUGCCUUUUAAUUCUGGGUGUAUGUUGACAAUAUUUUGAUAAUUCUGCCAAAGUAGAUGUUUCUGUGGAGAACUAAGAUUCUGGAGCAGAGUCAGAAGAGGAGGCUAUACAGCAAUUCAGUUAAAUGAAGUCAGUUUUCUAUGAGACCCACCGCACCCUUUCUUGUAGAAGCUAUUGUCUUUUCCCAAGGAAGAAAAUUCCAUUAAAACAUUGGCAAAUAUUGCUUACGGACUUGAAGAAUUCGGUGGUUUCAGAAAUGUUCCUCCCACAAAACCUUGUUGUCCCCAGUCCAAUUUCUCAGGUCCUUGUUAUUCUGCGUAUGUAUGCGUACAUAAUGCACCUGUGUUACUUUGCUCUUUGCAGGAUUGCUGCUUCUAUUAGCCUACAUGCAAUAUUGUCUUGUUUCACAAGUCGCUUCUGAUUUUGUUUAUUUUCUAUAGUCAUUUUUUCUCUGACUGUGAUCUAUAAUGUGCAACCAUUUCAGAGUUCAGAACCAUUUCAACCUCUCAGAGGUUUUUUUUUUUUAAUCUGUAUUACAGAUCCUUAAUUCUGGUUUUCAGUCAGUUCCAUUUAAAAUGAGCUUCUUUCUCAUCUCCAGCUUGUUUGGAAAAAUGAAAUGUUGCUCUCCUUCAGAAGCUCAAAUGCUGCUGUGCCUUUUGGUUAACCAGCUAUUUCAGUUUCAAAGUCUAAAGUCCUAAAUAGCUUAUCUGAAUGAACAAGUUGGCAUAUUCUUCCUUAGUUGUAUAUUGCACAUGCAACUGAAUUCCAAAAUGACAACUAACCUUGUAUAAGCAGAUGGUGCAUGUGAGUUCUCUAGUUAAGGACUCAAUUUUAUCAAUAAUGGGUAGACAACUGAACUUGAUGAUGAUCACUGCUCCUUUUUAUUCUUACAUGUUUUUCUUAGGCUUGUUGCUCUGCCUCUUCUGUGUGUGUUUUAUCUAUGUAACAAACUGCUUUUAAAAGUUCUGUUGCUACUAUUCUACAUUUUAAAAAACUUUUUAUAACAGGUGUGUUACUGCAUUAAUCAGGUAAAUAUUUUUGUUUUGGAGUAACUUAGUUACUCGGUUUACACUGAGCAAAAGUGCUCAGUUUAGUCUUGUGAUUUAACAUUAAUAACUGCAGUACCAAAAACUAAAGGGGAACAGAGUUACUUUAUAUUACAGUGUUUCUGCUACUCCAAUAAAUAUUCACUCUAUUCUGCUCCGAGCUCAGCGAAAUGCCUUUGCAAGAGACUCGCAAGAAUCGGUUCAGUGUUUCUUGAAAUGUGUGUCAACCACUGUAUGUUCCAUUUUUAAAAAAAGCCAAAUAGUUCUUGUAUGACAUUUUCUAAUUGCUUUAACUGGAGCUGCUUCUUUGCUUUUAUACUAAGAGAACAAAAGUUGGGGAUGUUAUUACCCUGGGAAAGCUUAGCUUCUUUGUUUGAGUGGGACAGACUUUCCAGGCAGAAUAUUAAAUAAGGCUGACAGCAGUGUCUGUCCACUGAUCUCACUGUGGGUUCACUGCUGCACUGGGGUUUAUUUGUUUGACCCUGGCUGUGUAGCUUGCUUGGUUCUGUUGUGUGAUGUCUAUCUCCCCGUUUUCUUGCCACUUACUCUAGUUUAGAUUUGAGAUUACUAUUCUGUUUGUUUUGUUUCUUUAAUUUAUUUCCCAGCUUAAAAGAACUUUUAGACUACAUUAUGCUGGACAGUUUUUGUAUAACUUUCAAUUCUCUGUUUUAGUAUCAAUAAAUAUUUUUUUAACUUAA